GCCGCGGUCAUGCGCGGCGGUCAAAGCGACGAAGAGGUCACAAGUUUUGAAUAUGACGUCCCCGCCGCUGGCAAGAAAGGUUCCCACAAGUGGAAAGGUUUCGCAGACUCUGUCGCGAAAGCGUCCCCUCUCGGAUGACAUGCUCCAGGUGUUUGACGGGGCCAUUUCCGAGGCGCAGCAUCUGGAAAGCCAUGCGGGUUGCAAAGGUUUCUGCAUCCGGUGCGAUUUGCAGAAGCGACCUAAGGUCUACGAGGCGUGUACCCUCUACGAGGGCCGGUCGUGGUUGUCACGAGGCGUUAGCCGCGGCAUAUGGGGCCUGGGGUGUAGGAUCUGCUCUGAGUUUGCGGCAUCUGGCAACCAGUGUGACGGCGCCAGGUUUUCAAAGUUUGCCAAGUUCCAGAUUCGCCCGAAGACGGGCUUCAACGCCAGGAUGCUGUUAGAGCGACAUGCCAGCAGCACGUCGCACAGAGUGGCCUGUGGGAUUACAAAGAGAAAGGGUUCCGACAUGUUCGCUCAGCCGAUUGCACCACAGCCUCUGGCGUGCCCGACCGUUUGGCCAACCGAGAGGCCAUGCGAGUCUCUGGCGACUGAGUCUGAUUCCAGGCUGAUUAAGGGAAACGUACCGACCCCAUCGGAGUGGAGAGACGCGUGGGCGGUGCUAUCAGAAGGAGUCUCUCUCCGGAAGGCCGCUCGCGUCAGCGAUAAGAGAAGCCGCGCGCCUGAUCCGGCGGCGACGCAGGCGAACAGAAUACGGAAACGCCAGCGCCGACAACUCCAAGUGAUGGCGGAAGUCCUGAGGAGAAGGAUCCGCAAAACGCUGCUCCAGGCGACUUCCAUCUCUUUGGCCAUAGAUGAGUCGAAGUACCGGAAGAUCGUGCGGUUUCGCGUCGACCUCCCGAUUGCCGCCUGCACCGCAGCCUCUGGCGCGCCCGACCUCCCUUCUGCGCGAAACAGCGGCGCGGGCCUCCACGUGGGGAACGUUGGCGCUUCAGGAUUUUGCGCGUCCGGCGUGUUAGGCCUCCUCGACUGCUCGAAAAAACACGCGUCCGACUUCGAGGAUGACCACGCUGUCACUGCGGUUAAGCAGCUCGAUGACUUUCUUACGAAAUUAUGUACGCCGCUCGGCAAAAUAAAAGGCCACAGGGGAGCGCAGCCGCUGGCGUGCGACCAGAAACUGAAAUCGCACGUGCUGGGAACAGUCACCAGUUUCGCUGCCGAUGGCGCGUCCAAGGAGCGGCGUUCAGUCUUUCUCGCUGCUCGCGAUCUGUUCCCUAACUUGUUAAUCGCGAUUCGCGACCCAGCUCGCGCCAUUCGCAUUGCCUGCAAGUCGAUGCACUGCGACGACGUGUUUGGGCAGGUAUGGAAGGAGCUGUUCGAUGAUCGGCAUGCGCUGGUUCCUGACCUGAUGAAUUCUACCAAGUGGCACAACCUUCUGGUGGCCAUCCAGGAGGACAACGUGCAUGCAGUGGCGGUGCCUGGACUCCCUGGAGGGCCCCAGCCCCUGGCGGGAAUCGUGCGGAGCUUGGCGUUCGCCAAGCAACGCUUCGACUCGACGGCGGGCCCCGUGUUGAAAAUCGCUCUCAUGCUUCUGCCGGUGGCAACCUUGCUGGCGUACAUCGCGUCCGACCGUCGCCACGAUCGGGAGCAGCGCGAGCGGGCAGGCGCCCUGUUGCGGAAAUUCGAUACUAAGUUUUGUAUGGCCGUUGGUGUGUCGGCGGAUUGGGGGAUCAUAUGCAACUGGUUCUUGCGGCUCUUCGACGUCGCCAGCCACGACAUUGCGAAGUCGCGUUCUGAGAUCGACUGCGUGGUCGAGACGUUGGACGCGGUCUUCAUGCAAGGGCGUGUCUUCCAGACGGUUCCCCAGGCGGGCUUUAUCACAGAGACGGUAAUGCGCAAUCUCCGCACCAAGUAUGUGUUCUACGCAGACGGCGACCCCGUGAUGCCAUGGGGGGAACCAGCAGCGGCGCACAAGGAGGAGCUCCUCCACCGAAUGCAGAACGUGGCGGGAUUGACAAAAGAGCGCUUGCCCCAGGACUUCCCGCGGACUGACGUCCGCUCGGCGCUGGCGAUGUUUGACCGGCGUCUCGUGCAGAAAGGUUUCGGCCCAGUGCCUGAUGUUGAAGUGCGGCGGUUCCCGUUGCGGGGCGCGCGCCAGCUGGCGGCCCUGCUCGGUUGCGACGAGCAGGCGGCGAUGCGACAGUACGACGGCGUGCUUCCCUACAUGAUGGAACAGAUGGAGCCAUCCCAGCCACUGGCGGGGGCAACUAACCAGCAGGCGUGGGCUCGCGUGCUCGACGAUGACUUUUGGGAGGCGGCUUGCCCGAGGCGUCUCCGCGGGUCUUCUCGCGUGCUCUGCCGCCUGGUGCGUUUCUACAUCUCGAUUGAAGACGGGGAGUGCACCGUCGAACGCGACUUGGCCAGAUUUCGGGACCAACGGGUAGAGCACCGCACCGAUGAUAUCGCCUUCCACGACGACGGCUUAAUCGUGAAGUUGAACGGGCCGAAGACGGCGGCUGAUUUCGACGAAGGCGCAGCUCGCUCUGGACUGGGCCUGACGUCCUUCUCCAGGGAAUGCGCCAGCCUCUGGCUGGAACUGUUCGGCCAUCGGCAUGGGCAUUACAAUCCUCACGCUACUGCGGCGGCCAAGUUAAAGAGGCGCGGUGCGCCCGGGCUUGUUCGAGGACGUGUUCGGGCCGUUCUUGGGGCCGCCCGCCUGGCCGUGGCUGCCGCGCGUCUUCGACGGGCGCGGGGCCAGUCUUCGACCGCGGUGCAUUCUGGCGCCGGCACCGAGGCGAGCGCUUUGUGGAACGAUGGCAUGGGUAAGUUCCAGGCGCGCAGCCGCAAGAAUAUACCAGGCGUCACGCAGGCGCGGGCGUGUCCAGGGGCGCCCUUCGCGAGUCCGCCCGGCGUCCACCUGGCUCCAAGACGAGGUGCGACGACGCAGCCUCUGGCGCGGCCCUCGCCGUGCAGCAAGGUAGCAAGCCUCGGCGGCGCGACCGACGCGUGCCCUGCGAGAGGUUGCGCUACUGUCAUUGGCAGACACCGCUGUGCAGAAGCAGACCUCGUCGUCGUUCCAGACUUUUCGUUCCUCCACGACUUGGAUGCGAUAGCAGCCAGCGCGGACCUGACCGUCUCUUACUUUUACAUCGCGUCGCUGGGCCUCGACGUCGUUACGAAGACACACCUUGUCUCUGCCCAGUGCCACCCAGAUGGAAUUCCACUCGGCCACCGCAUGCGCCACGUUCCAGCAAACCAGCGCGGGGAGGUGAUCCAUCUCGCGCCAGGCCUCGUCGCGGGGCAUCCAGACGUGAGGGCGGCGGCACGGCGCGUGGCCCGCAGAGCGGGGUCGAAACUCGCAGUGUCGGAAGCGCCCCCCCCAGCCGCUGGCGGGACGUGUUUCUCGAGUCUGCGCGACGUCGUCGCAUGGGCGUCUGCAGCGAGGAAAGUGAGGAAUGAAGGUGGGCCCAAGGCAGUGACCGUGGACGGAAUGCCAAUGCGCGCCUGA